UUUAAGGAGCCUCGGUGUGUGUUUGAUUUGUUUCCUUGUUAUAGUUGUUAAUUCAAGAGGCCCUCAGAUACGCAAAAUGAAAAUUCCAAUACGCCAAACUUUUUUCUCCUCCAUUUUGUAUCAUCGUUAUUAAGAUAUUUUAUAGCGCCAUGGUUAAAUUUAAUAGAAAUCAAAGUUUAGUCUGUUUGUGGAUUUGGCUAAAAACGGUUGUCGUCAUUGUGUUGAGAAUCAAGGAAAAUUAGAGCGGAAAAUAAAAGGAAAACCUUGUCAACAAUGAAUCGCAAAUUACGUUUUUGGAAUGCCCGAGUUUUGAGUUAUUUUGUGGCCUCACUGAGCGGUGUAGCUUUUUUGGUGGCUGGCAUAUUAAUUUUAUUAAAUCGUUGGCAAAACAAAAAAGGAGAGAUGACCGACAGAUCUAUGCUGCAGGCAAUAUUUGCCAUACACAUAUUUAGUGCUGUGGCAUUUUGUUUAUCCUUGGUUUUCCUGAAGGGACUAUACCAGAAACGUAUUGCUCUGAUGAGACCCUAUGUGUAUCUACUCUCGGCUUGCCUAUUGUUUGCUUUCAUAACCAUUAUUUGCAUUUACACGGCCGAUUUGGUAAAGGAGCCAGCAUAUUUCAAUGCCAUAUUAUUUAACUUCUAUUACUGCUUGGGAUUAGGCCUUCUCAUCUUAUUUCUAUUGCCAAUAUUUUUGGUUUACCGGCAAAUGUCGAAAUCAAUCGAAAUAAUCGAGAAGUUGGAUGAAGCCACUGUUGCAGAAAUCAAGCCAACUAUAACAACACUAUAUUAAUCGGAGGUGACAACAUGCUAUAAAUAUAUUGGAAAAUACCGAACAUUACUGUUUAAAACCAUUCAUCAAUUAUAAUAAUAUAUUUAAAUUAUUUCAGAUAUAUAAUCAAUAAAGCAAUAACAAUGUUUUUAUGAAAAAAUGAAUUUUAUGUGGUACAAGGGUAAUUCUCGUGUUGGAAACAGAAGAAAGUUUCUCAUCAAAAUGCUCACUGUCUCAUCAAAUAUGUAUUGAACACAAUUUUUCUAUUACCUAACUUUUUGGUGUGUACAAAUCUGCAUUUUUAUGAACGCACAUUUAACAGGAAAUUUACAUAUUCGAAAAAAAAUCUCGUUCUACUUCAUUGAUGUCUAUCGGACACGCGUUCUUUGGAUUACCAAACGGCUUAUGGCCAUUGCACGAGAACUCGUGUGAUUCCGCUGUUAAUAUAAUUCCAUUGUUGGGUGGGUAUUGGAAUUUCCAUUUCUUGUUCUCAAUC